AUGUUGAAGCCGCUGACUAGGCUAACUCUUGACCCACAAUCUAUUCUUGAUUCAACUGCAGCUAAUAAAGCUUCGUCAGCACCAAUUACUCACUAUACUAAUAAUUAUUCGAGCACUAAAAACACUGUCAAUCCCAUCGAUACACUUGAUGACGAUACCAGUGUGCGAGCAGAAUCAGAGUCAGUAACCGAGACGCCAGCACCAACUACCAAGAAACGUAAGCAGACAUCGAAGCGAGCAGAACAGAAUCGAGCAGCGCAGCGAGCAUUUCGGGAGCGUAAAGACCGAUAUACAAAAGAGCUGGAAGAAAAGCUGCUGUUGUUGGAGAUCCAGUAUAAUGCGAUUUCUGGACACAACAAUGGAUUGAAGGUUGACCAAACUGAAGAUGCAUCUUCAUUGUCAAUGCUUACAAGAUCAACAACCAAAAGCGAAGAUGAAAGCACAUCAAACCUGCUGGAUCAAUUGAAACAGGAGUUGGCAGCCAGCAACACACAGGCAGCCACACUGUUGCAAGAAAGAGAUCGAUUGAUUCAGACAGUGGAUCAGCUACAAACAGAUAUCAAACUGCUGCAUAGCGAAAAUCAACGACUGCGCUCAAUUCAGGCAGAAUAUCAAAACCACAGCCAUACUCAGGGACAUACAUUACACUCUUCAGCCAGACAUCAUUUGGGCAUAGGCAAACACCAUCCUGUGCACGUCAUUAGUGGUUCUUAUCGUCAUGGUAUUGGACGUGACGAUCGUUUGAUGCCGAGAGCAGGACCUCAACAAGAUAUGCAGCACUUUACAGUAAAAGGCGGAGCUGGGUUCAUAACUAUGCAUCCGCCCACCAGAAGAAUGUCGGGUGUGACUAGACCAGUUUUGGAAUGGUCAGCACCAGAUUCUUUAUCUAGAACCGAAUGCGUUAAAUCUUCAAACUAUUCGUUUACCACGUCUGGUUCGCAUCUGACACAGUGUCCAGCCGUUACUUUGACGUACUGCGAUUCCAAAGUGCAAAACCCAGCCAAGUCUGCAUAUGUACAUCCAUCUCAUCCGUCGUGGGUUGCGGGAGGAGCUGUGUCGAGCCAUGAAACCGCACCCAGUGCAUCUGUACUGAUUGGGCAGCCAAAGGAACUGCAACAUCACAUGAAAUCCAUCAAUACAACACUCCACGACUUGGAAUGUACGAUUGGAUUGGGAGAGCUGCAUCAAUCCACGCUUCCAUCAUUGACAGAGUUGUCGGCCUCGGAAACAACGACACCUGGACAUGUAGAGCAACUGGGAGCAUUUGAUUUGAUUGAUUUUCGACUGACAUCGACACCAGAUGCAUCAUAUUCUGCAUGGCCAGAUACAGUCAGUUUGGCAGCUCGCCCUCCAUCACCUAUUACUACACCACCCAAACUGGAGUCACUGUAUUGCCAAUCGACCGAGUUGCUGAGCUCGAACAAUGUGAUGUAG